AAUAUUACAAAGCUAAUUAACACCGGACUUCCCUCUUUCAGUCAACCCCAGAAGAUGUCCAUGUUUCAGCUCUUCCUUUUUCAACUUUCCGGAAUUCUGCUCUUAUCACAGCAAUUUUGCUAUGGCAAAGUGAUGAUGGAGUACAUUGGAGCAACAGGCGUACCCGUGAAACUGGAGGCUGUUCCAGUGGAAGAAGGCAUUGAUUUCCACUUCAUACUUAGUUUCGCCAUCGAUGCCGAUCCCUCCGGCAAUACCCAGAACGGAAAAUUCUCACCAUAUUGGGCAGACACAUUAACCCCAGAAUCAGUUGCAGCAAUGAAGAAAAGCCACCCCAAUGUGAAAGCCUUGGCCAGUCUUUCAGGGUGGAGCUUAGGGGACAAAGUCCUCCGGUGGUACACCCCUGACGACACCCAACAAUGGAUAUCCAAUGCCUUCUCAUCAUUGUCAUCGAUGGCCCAACAGUACCAUCUCGAUGGCAUCGACAUCGACUAUGAAAACUUCCCAAGACCCAACUCAAGUUUUGCUUAUUGCAUAGGUGAACUCAUCACUCUCUUGAAGAACCAAAGUGUCAUUUCUGUAGCCACCAUUGCUCCUUACCAUAAAACAACAGCACCCUACAUUGAACUAUUUGAGAAUUACGGAGAUGUGAUCGACUUCGUCAACUAUCAGUUCUACACUGAUAAGGUUAGGAAACCCAAAUCUUACGUGGAAGCUUUCAAGAUUCGAGCCGGACAAUUCGAUAAGGAAAAGCUAUUGCCUAGCUAUGAAGUUAAUGGAAGGGGGAUUCAAGGUGAUGCAUUUUUUGACGCCUUAAGUCUUUUGGAAGACGAUGGAUUUGGUGUUAAUGGAGUUAUGAUAUUCUCUGCUGAUGCUUCUUCCUCCAAUGACUAUUACUAUGAGAGGAAAUCUCAAGAUUUCUUGCUGAAUUCCACGGUAUCUGUGUGAAAUUUUAUUUGUUCUGCAAUUACUAUUAGUUAUUUACGAUGUAUUUGGUCAUUGAUUAGUUGUAAUGAAAAUAAAUUUAUUUAUUUGUAAUAUUUAUAAAUAAAU